CACACACACACACACACACACACACACACACACACACAAGGUCUAAUUACCGGACUUUGUGCUGGUGCAGCCUACACGUGAGACGGAAGCUGCUCCCCGACCAGAGGCGCGCGUGCGCUCUGACAAAACACCGCCGACAGCUUCGCAAAGUGGCAGCUCGGGCUUCCACCGACACCAGAGUCACAGCUCCGCUGGAGGACACACACUCUUCUUCUCCACCGUCUCCCCCAGCCUCCUUCAGUGUGCGUGAGAGAGAGAGCGAGCGUGUGUAUGUGCGCGCGCGGGGCCACAGGAACAGCAAACAUCCCUCCACUCAGAGAAAAGAAGCUCAGAAGCGGCUCGGCAGCGGCGGAGAAGUGAUGGAUGAAAGAAUCCCGCACUUACAGGACAGACCUUUCAUGGAGCACGCGGACUUCUUGGGGGUGGAUUUCCCUCCGCUCUACAUGUGCAAAUCUAAAAGAGGGAUAAAGCGGGAGGACGGUGGGAAGGACGCAUACAAGUUACCGCACCGGCUGAUCGAGAAGAAGAGGAGAGACAGGAUUAAUGAAUGUAUCGGACAGCUGAAGGAUUUGUUACCCGAACAUCUGAAGCUGUCGACGCUGGGACACUUGGAGAAAGCUGUAGUCCUGGAGUUAACACUGAAACAUUUAAACGCGCUGACUGCUGUCACUGAGCAGCAGCACCAGAAGAUCGUUGCUUUGCAGAACGGAGACCGCUCCAUAAAAUCCCCGGUGCACGCGGACCUGGACGCGUUCCACUCCGGGUUCCAGACUUGCGCCAAAGAGGUUCUGCAGUACCUGAGCCAGUUCGAGAACUGGGCCGCGAGGGAGCAGAGGUGCGCGCAGCUGAUCAGCCACCUUCACAAGGCGCUGGCGCAGUUUCAGCCCGACGCAAAGCCGCCGCCGCCGCAGCACCAGCUGCCKGCCACCGGGGACGCGCAGGACGCGCAGAAGCCCGACGGCCAGGCCAACUGCGUCCCGGUGAUCCAGAGGACCCAGGGCGGGGAGCUGAACGAGAACGACACGGACACGGACAGCGGGUACGGCGGGGAGGCUGAGAAGAGCGACGGGAAGGAGAGGGAGUGCGCGCGUAAAGCUCCAGGAGGGAAAGCGGUGAAGGUGAAGCAAGAGUUUGGAGACGACAGGGCGGCCAAAAAGACUAAGACGUGCUGGUCUGGGAGCGGAGGCGRGGAGCAAACCAGACCAGAUGUGGCGUUUAUGAACUCUCUGAUGGGAAUAAACUCUGUUGGACAGCAGACACCAAUCUGCAUGCCUUUCUACUUCAUCAACCCAUCAGCCGCGGCGCCUUACAUGCCUUUUUUCGACAAAAACAACCUGGAGAAGUACAUGUACCCCGCGGCGGCGGCGGCGGCGGCGGCUCUGGCCUCCCCUUUCCCCUGGCUGUACCCGGCGCACGCGUCCGCGGCGGCCACUGCCGCCUUCCCCGGCCUGUCGGCGCACCUCGGAGCCUCGCCUCUGUCCAAGGACUCAUGCGCGCCGCGCGAGGCUGACAUGGGCUCCGCCGAGGAGCUCGAGGAAAGUCCGGUCAGUGACGACGGGGAGGGUGACGUAGGCGACGCGUCCCCGGAGAUGAAGAAUAGUCCACAUGAUGAGCAGUUUACCGCCUGUCAGACCAGCUAAUCUGUUUACAUCCAAACUAAAGGAGCUCAACAGGAUAACAAAAAAGUGUCUCAUGUAUAAACAUUGUGACUGCGCGUGCCUUUUGCACAAACAAUCUGAAUGACCAAUGAUUGACACUUCACAGCUGUGUUGCGCUGGAGUGAGUUUUUUUUUUUUAAAAAAAUCCUCUUUGAUAAAAUGUUUUGACAUGGCAGCAUUGGUGCCAAAAAGAAAAAAAAAAUAAAUAAAACGCGUCACAACAGCAGUGCAGUAAUCCUCAUUAACUGACCUCUGUCUGUAAGAAGCUGGCAGAUUGACUGUAAAUAUUAGCCCGGAGGUAGUCUCGUUCAUUAAACUGGUCUAAAUGGACCCAGAGGAGAAUCCUUAUUACCUCACUCCAACUGUGCAUGGAGGCAGGCUGGUUCAGGGGGACCCAUUAGUGCCCCUGAAAAGAGCUGAUUGGUCCCCUCUUCCCAACAUGCACACCAUGAAUAAAAAGUUAACAAUCAUUUAUCAUGAGGUGUAAUGUCUUUUUACCCAGUUACCUUUUGUUUGUGUUGAGAGAAGACCUUCGCAACUGGAAGGGUUUCUCUGAUGGAACCAUUUCUGGAACCUCCAGGAAACAUUGUAGGAUAGCACCUUAGACAUCUUUGAUAUUGAAUGUACCUGUAUUUCCCCCAGCUGUUAAGUUUUUAUAGGAUGAGGCGUUAAGUGCACUUUUUUCUGCCUUUUCCCCUCCCCUCCCCCCAGUUGAUCAUCAUGAAAGUUAAUCACUGUAGUUACAGGUAUCCUGAUACUCAGUUUCAUCCAGAAGAUCUGAGUUGCUUUGUGAUGAUUUCAUGCAGCAGAAUCCUCCCAGUUUUACAACAAAAAUGUUUCUGAACCCCAUUUUCACAUCCGACAUGACAAACUGACAAAACUGGGAAAGAAAUAUUGUUUCAUUAACGCCACGUGAAGAACUUUAUUUUGGCCUCUCUCUCUCUCUCUCUUUAUUUUAUUUUUUUUUGUAACGGAUUACCUCCAAAAUGUAACUUUUUAAACUUUCACACAUAAACAGGCACAAACUUUAUGGUAUUUGACAAACAUUAAAAUGCUUUUUGUAGUUUAAGUCAGCUGGUUUUUUGCCUCACAUCUCUUAUCAAAGUGGCAUGUAUGUUUGUACAUAGUUUUUUUUCCUCUUUUUUUCAAAAAAAUACCAUUAAGUAAACAUGUCUGUCUGUGUUGUAGAUGUCUAUGAAGUUUUCUCUCUUUCUCUCUUUUUAAAGAUUUAACUGAGCAUCUGUUGCACCUUUCGUUGAUGCUUUAUGCUGUUCUAAAUUAUUGCUGAUGAGUUGUAAAAUAAAUAUCAAAAACUCAA